GGAGCGGGCCGGGCACUACAGGGCAGGGCGAGCGCGGCGGCCCGGGGGCUCGGAGGCGAAGAUGGCGUCAGGCAGGCGUGCCCCGCGCACCGGGCUGCUGGAACUGCGCGCCGGGGCGGGCUCGGGGACUGGAGGCGACCGGUGGCAGCGGGUGCUGCUCAGUCUAGAGGAGGACGCGCUGACCGUGAGCCCCGCCGAUGGCGAGCCCGGCCCGGAGCCCGGUGCCCAGCGGGAGCCGGAGCCCGCGCAGCUGAACGGCGCCGCCGAACCGGGCGCCAAGUCCCCGCCGCUGCCGGAGGCGCUGCUGCUCCAGCGGCGCCGCGUGACGGUGCGCAAGGCCGACGCCGGCGGGCUGGGUAUCAGCAUUAAAGGGGGCCGAGAGAACAAGAUGCCUAUUCUCAUUUCCAAGAUCUUCAAGGGCCUGGCAGCCGACCAGACGGAGGCCCUCUUUGUAGGGGAUGCCAUCCUGUCCGUGAAUGGGGAAGACCUUUCCUCUGCCACCCAUGAUGAGGCGGUGCAAGUCCUAAAGAAGACAGGCAAAGAGGUGGUGCUUGAGGUCAAGUACAUGAAAGAGGUCUCACCAUAUUUCAAGAACUCUGCCAGUGGGACCUCGGUUGGCUGGGACUCGCCUCCUGCCUCACCCCUUCAGCGGCAGCCUUCCUCCCCUGGCCUCCCAUCCCGGGACCUCCAUGAUGCCAAACACAUGUCCUUGAAGAUGACAUAUGUCUCGAGGAGGUGCACCCCCACUGACCCGGAGACCAGGUAUCUGGAGAUCUGUUCAGCAGAUGGCCGGGACACCCUCUUCCUGAGGGCUAAGGAUGAGGCUAGCGCCAGGUCGUGGGCAGCUGCCAUCCAAGCCCAGGUCAACGCUCUGAUGCCCUGGGUCAAGGACGAGCUGCAGGCGCUGCUGUCAGCCACCAGCACAGCCGGGAGCCAGGACAUCAAGCAGAUCGGCUGGCUGACUGAGCAGCUGCCCAGUGGGGGCACAGCACCCACCUUGGCCCUGCUGACCGAAAAGGAGCUGCUCCUCUACUGCUGUCUCCCCCAGACCCGUGAGGCCCUGAGCCGGCCGGCCCGUACUGCCCCGCUCAUCACCACCAGGCUGGUGCACUCAGGCCCCUCCAAGGGCUCCUUGUCCUACGAUGCAGAGCUCUCUUUUGCCCUGCGCACGGGUACGCGCCACGGUGUGGACACUCACCUGUUCAGCGUGGAGUCACCGCAGGAGCUGGCUGCCUGGACCCGCCAGCUGGUGGAUGGCUGUCACCGGGCUGCUGAGGGUGUGCAGGAGGUGUCGACAGCCUGCACAUGGAACGGCCGUCCCUGCAGCCUCUCUGUGCAUAUUGACAAAGGCUUCACACUGUGGGCGGCUGAGCCAGGUGCGGCCCAAGUUGUGCUGCUCCGACAACCCUUUGAGAAGCUGCAGAUGUCCUCCGACGAUGGUGCCAGUCUCCUUUUCCUGGACUUCGGGGGCGCUGAAGGAGAGAUUCAGCUGGACCUGCAUUCAUGCCCCAAAACAAUGGUCUUCAUCAUCCACUCCUUCCUCUCGGCCAAAGUCACCCGUCUGGGGCUCUUAGCCUAGAGGUCGUCAGAUGCAUUAGCCCUGAAGAGGGGGUGUCCACCACAUGGCCUGACCUGGCCCUCCGCUGAUUGCCUGCUUACCACUGGGCUGAGGGAAGGGAGAGGAAAGGAACAAGGAGGCAGAGACCCAGCCCCUGAGAGAGGCUGGGACCCAGACUCAGGACACAGUGGAUCUUGCCAGUGAUGUGGUAGCCUCCCUGCUGCUCCCCCGACCCACACCAGUGCCUUUUGUGGAGAGAUAUUUUGUGUACGCAGAAGCCAUUCCGAGCCCGGGACCUGCCCCUCUGGGGAUCUUGACCCUAGCUGACAACUGCCAGGCCUCCCAGGGGCCCCUAAACUGUCCCCAGAGGCCCCAUCUGAAGCUGGAGUUCCCUGGGGUCUGUGUCAAGAGAAAGAGGAGGAGCCUUUCUGUUCAUUUCUCCCAUCAGCUCUACCACCUUGAGGCAUCUGGUUUUUCUCUUCAUCCUCUCUCUCUCAUCCUUAGUCUCGGAUAAAUAAACAGCCUGUGAGUACAUAGGCAGCCUGG